GCUGCGGGGAAUCUACGCGAGACAUGUCUUCCUGACACGGGGAAUCCUCCGGGGAAACGAGGCGUCUGGACUUGCGGUGUGACCAACAACCACCGGGACGCACGCAAGGGGAACACUGUCGAGUGCGUCUGACGGAGUUGUACAGAGAACUAUAAAGCCUACCCACGCUCGUUAUCAUCGUCGCUCUUUCACUUCUCCACUUCUAACGCCUUACGAAACCGACACCUCACGCGCGACACCAUGGCGGGCGGAGCAAUUGCCAACGUCGGUGGGAACGCGCACCUCGCGCACUUGGUCGAUCCGAAGCGGACAUGGUACAACAACCGGCGCCUUAUCUACCUCCACCUUUGGAUUCUGCUUCUGCUCAUCACGUCGUCCACCAAUGGAUUCGAUAACAGUCUCAUGAACAGUUUUCAAUCGAUGCCCCAAUGGGAAAAAUACUUCGGCACGCCGACUGGAGGUAAGCUCGGUAUCUUGAACGCCAUUCAGAACAUUGGUUCUCUGGCCGGCUACCCCUUCGCGCCGUAUUUGUCCGAUGGCCUGGGCCGGCGGACAACCAUUUGGAUCGGUGCAACUAUCAUGCUCGUAGGAGUCGGGAUCCAGACUGCCUCGUAUAACCUAAACAUGUUUAUUGGAGCCCGGUUCUGCGUUGGCUUCGGCCUGACAUUUGCAGCGAAUGCGGCGCCUAUGCUCGUCACGGAGAUAUCCUAUCCGACAUACCGUGCUCCUGUCACCUCGCUGUACAACUCAUUGUGGUACACAGGUAACAUUAUCGCUUCCUGGGUCUCAUAUGGCACAGAAAGUAUUCCCGGAAGCUGGUCAUGGCGUAUUCCCUCGCUUCUGCAGGGCCUCCCGUCUGCAUUCCAGUUCUUCUUGGUCCUUCUUGCUCCGGAGAGUCCCCGUUGGCUCAUGUCCAAAGGCAAGGAGGCACAGGCGCUCCAGACACUCGCGUACUACCAUGCAAAUGGCGAUGAGCAAGACCCGCUCGUUGUGUACGAGUUCGAAGAGAUAAAGGCAGCUAUCAAUCUGGACCGCGACAAUGCUGUGAAUGUCGGGUGGAAGGCUCUCGUGAAGACACCUGGCAACAGGAAGCGGAUGAUGCUAAUCGUCGCGAUUGCGUGGUUCUCGCAAUGGUCAGGCAAUGGUCUUGUCUCGUUCUAUCUUAACAAGGUCUUCGACACCAUCGGCAUCACGGACAGUACCACUCAGCUUCUCAUCACUGGCAUCCUCGCCAUCUGGAACCUAUGCUGGGCUGUCUUCGCGUCGUUCCUCGUCGACUCUGCUGGACGGCGGACGCUCUUCCUGAUCUCGUGCGCUGGCAUGGUCGUCUUCUUCACCGGGCAGACGAUCUGCUCCGCGGAGUAUGCGCUGCACGGGACCGCUGCUGCAGGGCACGCUGUAAUCGCCUUCAUCUUUCUGUUCUACGCGGCUUACGACAUCGCCUUCACACCUCUCAUUGUGUCGUACACGGUCGAGAUCCUGCCAUUCUCGAUCCGUGCGAAGGGCUUCAAUGUGUUCAACUUCGUCGUCUCGCUCGCGCUCAUCUUCAACCAGUACGUCAACCCGAUCGCACUGCAGAGCAUUGAGUGGAAGUACUACAUCUUCUACUGCUGCUGGCUCUUCUUCCAGCUGGUUUUCUGCUACCUGUUCAUCGUCGAGACGAAGAACCGGACGCUCGAGGAGACUGCGGCACUCUUCGACGGCGAGGACCUGAGUGCGCGGGUCAUUGCGGGCGGCGAGACCGCUGCAGACGAGGUACGACACGACGAGCACGACGAUGCCCCUGGCAAGCUCUCAAUCCUAUCCGAGCGCCCGACGCUCGUCCAUGACAGCAGCUCGUCGUCGGACGAGAAGGCCUCGGCCUAAGCGUCCCACCCCGCCCCCACGCCCGGGCACGCGAAGGCUCGGGGCCCGCGAUCUUCAAUCCAGAUCAGGAUGUAAUUAUAACGCUUUGGAUGGACGACUUCGCUGUAAAUCUUCGCUUUGCAUCUGGUUUGACUGUGUCGAAUACUACUCCCCUUGAACUACUAUAUCCCACAUACCG